UCAUGCUGUCGUUUCGGCUCCAUGGCCUUUAGUCGUAUAUGCAUGCGAAAAUAUGGUUGAUAACGGACAAGCUCCGUUAUUUGCACCAACGCCACUUCCGUUAUCUCUUCUAUUUCCACCAACUACAAAACUUAAAUAUAUUCUCCCGAAAAAAGAAUUUCUUCAACAGAACAUUUGGCCUAGCGAAACUGUUAGGGUACCUGUUGGACAGCUAGACCAUUUAAAAUUUACUGAACGGUGGUCAAUAUUUUUUGCUUUGGCGGGAUGUGCUUGG